UAUAAUGCCAACAAAAUCAAAAUUAGCAAGGGCGGCUGCAGCCUGCCAGUGUCUCCCAUCUCACAAGCAGCAUGCCAACCGUCAAGCCUAGCGAGCGAAGGAUGGCUCUUCUUGAGGAUUUCUACAAGUCCUACCUGACUGAAGGUGGCUAUCGUGAGAAAAGGUUUGUCCAACUAGGGGCAAAGGAAGGCAUUUCAGAACAGAGAGCACUUCGAUCUUUGAACGAUGGCAAGGUUCCACUGGAUUUUUCCUUCAUCGACCUGCACCCAAAAAAGGGUUUGUCGGAGGAGAUGGUGCAAUGUGACAACAACACCAAGUUCUUAUUGGCAUGGCUACCUGUGUUUGCUGUGGACCCGCCAACUGAGAAAGAAUGCAAGGAAGUUCUGGCGAAAGUAGCCCAAGACCAACGGAUGACACUUUCGAAAGACAAAGAAGACAUUGGAGACUGGUGUCGGACCGAAGGCAACUUGCACAGAGCAUUGGCUUCAAAAGUGCUAAGUGCCUACUCAAGGACAGAAAAAACAAGGUCCCAAGGCAGCAACAUGCACAAGCUGAAGAAACUGGUUUCUUUGAUCUUCAAGGAUGCCGGUGUUGUGAAACGCACCAAAUCGAUCAGAAGACCUUUGGAGGCCCCCGACAAGAAGCCACAAGGAACAGAACAGAAGGAUCCAGAAGGAACACUAAAGAAAGAUCUGGAAAAAGUGGAAAAGGAUAACAAGGCUGAACCAUCCCAGCUGGAUGACAAUGUAGAAGAAGUUGAACUUUUGAUAGAGGAAGGAGAGGAAGAGGAAAAUAUGACAGAUGAUGAAGAAACAGAGCCAACCCCUGCCCCAGUAGCACGUGAACUUUUUCCACAAGGCCCCGUCAAAGUUGGAGAGGAUACAGCCAAGGUAGAAGCCCCAAAGGAGGUUGAACCGAGAAAAGUAGAAAAAAAGGUGGAAGAAAAGGUACCAAAGGAGCCAAGGCAAGCGGAGGCAACAGGAAAGCCCUUGGAAAACAGCAACCCAAAGGAUCCGGAGUUGACAAAGGGUGGCAAAGUUGAAGCGGAAAAAGAAGAUGUCCAGAAGAAGCAUGGCAACAAGAACGGCAGGGAUACACACUCGAAGGGUGAUACCCUCUCAAAGGAGGCUACAGAUGCGAAGCAGGUAAGUGCAACAGACGAGAAGAAGAACACGGAGGCACUUGAGACUGCUCAAGCCUUAGCGUUGGGUCUCCAGGAAAUUUUAGCGGACUGCACCAGAGAGAAUAAACCCAAGAUCUUGAAGAUGAUCAAUGGAAUUUUGGGUUCAGAACCAACUUCAGUAGAUUCACUACCUGGAAAGCGAAAGAACGAGUUUGCAGAACCCAAAGCCCAAAAGAACUUAAAGGCCGCAAAAUGCCCAGAGGAAUUGGAAAACGAAAACACUGGUGAAGCUCCCGAGCCCGAUGCAGCAGCAGCAGCCUAUGCAGAUACCAAGCCGCUAGUCCCUGAAGUUCCCGACCUUGCUCAGUCUGACAACAUUAAGCCACCCGAUGCCGAUGAUGUUGACACAAUUCGGAAACAGCUGGAAGAGCAAAGACUCCUCAGAGCGAUGAACAAGGAGAAGAGCGCACAGAAACCUGGCCCCAAAAAGGCAUCUAAGAAGUCAAAGGCAGCAAAAAAGGAUCGGGAGGUUGAUGAUGAGAACAAUGGAGAUGAGGCAGAAGAUGAAAUGCAAACAGCCUUGGACAAACAGGACAAGGUUAUGAAGACAGAAAGGGAGACAGAAGAUAAUGAAAAGCAACCACGCCGUGGCCGUGGCAGAGGCAAAGGUCGUGGCCGCGGCAGAGGAAAAAAUACUCAGAAGCGAAAGGAACCAGAGCAUGAACAGGACAAUGGAAAUGAUGCUGAGAACCAACCGGAGGAAAAAGAACAAAAGGCUGAUCAGGGGGAAGCUACUGAAGAUCAGGGAUCAAACACCCCAGAUGAGGAAGACAUGCCUAAGCCUGCGACAGCAAAGAGUACCUACCAAAAAAGGAUGGAGGCGUGCCGCGAGAAGAACCUAGCCGAAAUGGUGGCGCUGAGCAAGAUUCCAGGCAUCAACUACACCCUUCCGCCUGAAGAUGUAUAUGAAAAAGCUGGGUCUUGGACUACUGCGGUCGAAGAGGGAUUUGUGGAGCCCGGGCUGGUUCUGGACGAUUGCAGUCCGAUCUCAACCGUGUUGGCAGGGUCUUUCUACAUUCCCCAUGUGGACCCGCUGGUGGUGAAACUGAUCAAUACGGCACAGAAGAAGUCAUUCAAGGUUGGUGCCAAGAACGGAGUCACUGUUGGAUGGUCAACCAAUGGUGGACCUGAAGCAGCGUUGGGUGCCCAAAUCCUACUCCCGGUGGUAAAGCCAGCCUGCUUGCUUGCCAAGGUGGGACUUGGCCCGGCAAAUUGCCGGUUGGACAUGGCAGACUUCGUGGCGAUGUCAAGCUACAAGACACACACCCGUGCCAAAGCCCCAAAGAUUGAUCUGGUGAACUUCGAUGUCUUCUCCGGAGAGCAAGCCAUCUCUAACGCCUUUCGUCGCGUCCUUGGCAAAGUAACUCGCAAGCUUGUGCAAACUUUUGACAUCACGGCAAGGGCACUGCACAACGACAUAAGCAAAACGACAGGUUUUGCACACGCGGUCCUGGGCGUGCUUCGGGUGGUCCCAGAUGGGAUUUGUUCCCGAGCACUGAUGCUAGUAGUUCUUGCAACAGCGAGAGGUGUGUAUACUUGCCUGGAGCAGCCAUGCAGUAGUACCAUGAAAUGGUUUCCAGACUUGGUGGCCACCGGGAAAUUGAUCAACAAGUAUCUGUCCAAUCUUUGGUUAUGGCUUCCCAAGUUGUUUGCCAAGCUCACAAAAUUGCACCGUUUGAAGCUCCGGGAGAAUGCGAAGAAACUCAAAGUGACUAUUCGAAAGAAGAAAGCUGACGGUGGUGAAAGUCAUAAGGAAGGACCCAAGAAAAAGAAGAUAGUCGUGAUCAAAAAGAUCAAAGCUAAGAAAGGCAAAGACCAAGUACCGAAAGCCGCCAGGCCCACCACUGAAGGAUCACAGAAGGAAAAGGACCAGGACAUGCAGCCCACGGAACAGGACAUGCAGCCAAAGACGCCAGGUGGGGAUCAGGACAAAAAUGAUCAUGACCUUCUCAGCAAAGGGACUGAACGAUCCAUGGACACUCAAGACACAAUGCCGUACGAACCGUAUGAGGGUGCCUACUCGCAGUGGCGUGAAGAGGACGAGACCAAUUGGGACAAGUACCAAUGGCCACCUGUUGGGUGGCGUCCAAGUAAGUGGAACCAAUGCUAUUGGGACAACACAUCCAAAUGGCAUGUAUAUCACUCUUAUGACUGGGAUGCCUACAAUGCCCAACGAACGCCUUGGGAAGAUGGACCCAACAGCCCAGAUGUAUCGACCCCGGCAAAAACAAGUGUUGAAUCUGACACCACUUCGCCCCCUGCUACUGUUUCGUCAUCUGGAGGAAGUCUUUCCAGGAGUGACUCUGUGGAAGCCCUUGCCAACCAGCUGGGCCGCGCCUGGACAGGUGAUCUCGUUGAUCCAUUGUCGCAAGAUCCUGCCGUGGCAGGAGACAAAUCUACUGGCCCCAAUCUCGGUGUCAACAAUGGACAGGAAAGUGAAGUUCAAAAGCACCCAGGACAAGGAGAGAAUGAAGGAAAGAAAGAUGAAGGCAAGGAAGAAAAGGCAGAAAAGGCACGUGCAGGAGAACAUGAAGAUAAGCAAAGCGAAGAAAAACCAAAGGAAGUUGACAACAAAGAGAAUGCAAAGGAAGGAGAAAAGGAAGGAGACAACGGAGAGAAGGCAAAGGAAGGUGAAAACGGAGACGGAGAGAAAAGAAAGGAAGGAGACAAGGAAGAGGCGAUGAAAGUAGAAAGUAACCAAGAACAGCCAGGAGAUUCAGGAGGUGCCCCGGCACAGGAGGCAGAGGAUGAGGCAGAGAGAGCAAGACUGGAGGAGAUCGAAGAAAGGAGAAAAGCAGCACAUGCGAGGUAUAUGCGAUACUUCAGAAAUGUGCGAAAUCCUUCGACACCACCUGAACUGAGAAAGAUGGCGCAGGCUGCCCAUGGCAGCAAAUCUAUGAACAGUAUCUUGUACGAUGCCUGGGCGUCGUGCAGUGAGGGCCAAUGGGAGAAGAGCAAGUUUCUUGUUUCCAUCAGGGAACGCCACUCGACAACCCGUCGAGGGGUCCGCAAGUGGCUGACUGCUCCUGAAAUGGACACUCGCUUUGGGGCAGAGAACGGAAACCUUAUCAGAAAUCGGAAGCUCCUUGACCCUGAAUUGAAAGAACGUGAGACCAGAGAACACCCCGAGCUGCCAGGGAACCAGGAGAUGAUGCAGUUUUUGACCCUUGUUGAUGAUGCCCAUGAAGAAAGCCACGAAGAAGAACUUGACAAGCUGUACCAAAGUUUGGAUGAGUCGGACUCGUCCAGUUCGUCCUCGUCUUCGUCUGAUAAGAAGAAGAAGAAAAAGAAGAAGAGUAAGAAAGACAAGAAAGAAGACAAGGCAGAAAAGGAACCAGAAAAGAAACCCAAAAAGAAAAGCAAAAAAGCAAAGAAAAGCAAGAAGGUCAAACAGGAAUCCAAAGAGCCGACCGCAGAAGAAGAGCAGAAAAAACAUGAUGCCGAGAUAAAAAAGAAACUCCUCAAGACAGCGAAGAAGGCCUUGAGUGACGCCAGCAGCAAGAUCAAGUGGGCCCUUGACCUGAAGCCGAAUCUGUCGUCGCUGAGUGAUCGCUACGCAAGCUCUGUGAAAGAUGACGUGGAAGAAAAGAUGUCCAAGCUAGAGGAUUGCCGGACGACCCUGCAAAAAGCUGUGGAAAGUUCCGAGGUUACAGAGGCCAUGGUGGAUGAUUGUGGGAAUGCCCGCAAGGACCUGGAGAUGGCCUGUGAACCAUUGAAGAUGAAAAAGCCAAAAAAGGCUUCCAAGUAG